AUGUUAAUAAUCAUAUAUCAGCUCCUGGCUGCUGGUGGGCUGGCGGUGUUGACCGGCCUAGUAUACUGGGCUGGGUCUCUAGAAAUCACUGUGGAGAAAAACCUAUCGGAGGCUUUGAAAUUUGAAUCGUCAACGGAGGGAACUAGAUGGGACAUUGAGAUUCGGGACAGACAAGUAUCCACAGAUCCGAACUCCAAGGCUUUGCUGCACCUUCGCAAGAAUCGCAACAUCGCGACAAAAGGAGUCGGUUUGAGCGCGGUCACGUGCCUUUGUCAAGUGGCAAUUGCCAACAAACAGAACUGUGACUUCAACUAUUUCCCUCGUGUUCAUAAAGAAGUGCAUAAAGAAAAUCGACCGGUCCAUAAACGAAAACGUUCUGCAGAGAGGCAAUGCGACAACGCGUUGGACGGGGGAAAAGGUGUAGAAAGAGAGGAGAGACGUAAACCUCUUCGCGACGCUCGGCUUAAAGAUACAGGUAGCAUCGCCGUUGGUGACGAGACACCAACGUGCCCAUCGAGCUCUGAAGUUUCUCCAACUUCUGGUGUAAAACACACUCGCAGUUUCCUGAAGACGCCUCCCCCUACAGAUCCUCCCAAAAAGCGGCGUAAGCUCCAACAAACUCCGCAGACGCUCUCCUCUGCCUCGCCAUUUGAACGGUUUGAUUAUAAAGCUGUUGCAUCGCUGCCCACUCCGCUCACAGUGGCCCGAUUGCCGAGAACAGGCCCACCGGUACAUUCGGAUGUCGUCCUAUAUACCCCUUGCAACCGAUUCUCUGUUGAGAAUUUGAACACUGCACAAAUCAACAAAGAUAUUGUGGACUAUGAGGUCAAACCCGAUGAAUCUCCUCGUCAGCGGUCUCACUCGGUUAUACCCUCGUCUCAAAGUCAGUAUCAGGAUGCAGAUGGAUUUCAGAAUCUCCUCAACGGAAUUUUAUCUCCUGACUUCUGUCCAUCACCCACCCUUCACCCUAUCAAUCGGGGAGCAGGAAUAGCUCCUUGGAACUUGUCACUUCCAGGAAUAGACGCGGCUGCUGAGUUGAUCGACACAGAUGCAGUCGGUUCAUCCCAAAGUCAACCCUUGUUGACGAACCGCGGUUAUUUCGGGAACGCUCUUUCUCGCUCUUCAAUUGUUGAUUUCGUACCGAGCUCUCAGAGCCAGGAGAAAGAGCUCACUGUCGGUACCUCCAUCUCUAUAAUUAUCCCAACCAGAAGCCUGCAAAUCGAGAAAGAUGGAGUGACUUCAAACCCAUUUCAUAGAAGCACUAUACGAAAACCUUACCGUCGUGCUGCUAAUUUACCUCAGCGGACAGCUUCCGACGACCUUUUUUGCGUUCCUAUCCAGGAGACAAAUUUCUCAGAUAUUUUCCAAGAUGAUGAAAGUCAUUCGGUGGCGAUAACGGAUGAGACAGCUUUAACGGGGCUACCACCAGUUCCACAGGAUGUUGAUGAAUCCUGCACCGAGUCCGAGUCCGAGGUUGAGGUUGAAGGACCCACAGCAGCUUCAUAUCGCUUCGGCAGCAUCCAUGAGAGCUUUGCCUGUGACGCAACCCAGGAGAGAGAGAUUUCUGGUGCACUUGUCGGCAAGGAGCAGCCUACUCGACAGGCAGGAUCGCUUGUUGGCACACACGUCCUGCCAGGACACACAAGAUUCGUUGGCGGGGCCGGUUGCGCCGAUCACUUGAUUAUAGAUACCAAGAUAGGACCUUGAGUGGUAGUCAGUUGUAUAUACAUUAGCACCUAUGCAUAGCUCACCUGAAAUAGAGAGUUACAUAUCAGCCUC